UAUGUCGCGCAGGUCCCAGUCCGACAUGGGUCGAGCGAUAUAAAUAGUGUCUUGGUGCCUUGGUGCAAGAUGAGCACCGACACCCGAUAGACUUGCAUUUGUUUCCCUACCAGUACAUGAACAUAGCAAAAAGGAUGCUGCAGCAAGCCCUCAAAGUGUCUGGUCGCAGUAUGACCCCGCUGAUCAAGUGGAUGGACAAUUGGGCUGAGAGCUCAGUUGGCCGGAAGAAGGCAGAGGCGGCGCACAGGGUGAAAACCCUGGAGGAAAUGCCGGGACCCACCGUCGCCAAAUUUGCCUGGGACCUCUUCGCCAAACGGGGACUGUCCCGCCUCCACGAGCUGCAGCUUGAGGGUGUGAAGCGCUAUGGGCCGAUGUGGAAGACCAGCUUCGGCCCCAUCCUGACGGUGCACGUGGCAGAGCCAGCCCUGAUUGAGCAAGUGCUGAGGCAGGAGGGCAAGACCCCCAUCCGCUCUGACCUCUCCUCCUGGAAGGACUACAGGAAACAACGAGGUCAUGGCUACGGACUGCUCACAGCUGAAGGGGAGGAGUGGCAGGCGGUGCGGAGUCUCCUGGGGAAGCACAUGCUACAUCCAAAGGCGGUGGAGGCCUACGACACCACUCUAAAUGCCGUUGUUGAUGACCUCAUUGCUAAGCUCCGCCUCAGCAGGCGCCAGGACCCCUGCGGUCUCGUCCCGAACAUCAGCAGUGAGUUCUACCGCUUCGGCCUCGAAGGGAUCUCCUCAGUCUUGUUCGAGUCCAAGAUUGGUUGCCUAGACCCUGUGGUUCCCACAGAGACAGAGUGUUUCAUCCAGUCCAUUAACACCAUGUUUGUCAUGACACUCCUCACCAUGGCUAUGCCCGCCUGGUUACACAAGCUGUUCCCCAUGCCCUGGGACACUUUCUGCCAAUGCUGGGACUACAUUUUCCAAUUCGCUAAAGGUCACAUUGACCAGCGUCUGAAGGAGGAAGCGGAGAAGGUGGCGCGGGGAGAGAAGGUGGAGGGUCGAUAUCUAACCUACUUCCUGACCCGCACAGGGCUGCCCAUGAAGACAGUGUACAGCAACGUCACUGAGAUGCUUCUGGCUGGAGUGGACACGAUCUCCAGCACCAUGUCCUGGUCCCUGUACGAACUAUCUCGGCACCCCGAGGUGCAGGUCUCGCUGAGGGAGGAGGUACUGGCCGUGAUGGGGGGUCGGAGGGUGCCUGGGGCUGUAGACGUGGCUCGCAUGCCCCUCAUGAGGGCUGUGGUGAAGGAGGUGCUCAGACUUUAUCCUGUUAUUGCGGCCAAUGCCAGGGUCAUUGCUGACAAAGACAUCCAGGUCGGAGACUACCUCCUCCCCAAAAACACUCUGAUCACCCUCUGCCACUUCGCCACAUCCCGGAAUGCAGCAUUUUUCCCGAACCCGGAUACAUUCCAGCCCCAUCGCUGGCUGAACCGGUACAAAGGCCACCACCCUUACGCCUCAGUGCCCUUUGGCGUGGGCAAACGCAGCUGCAUCGGCCGCCGCAUCGCAGAGCUGGAGGUCUACCUGGCACUGGCACGAAUUCUGAUGCAGUUUGAUGUGAAGCCCGAUCCAGAAGGCAGUGGUGCAGCAGUCAAACCCAUGACCCGGACACUGCUGGUGCCAGAGAGCGAGAUCAACCUGCAGUUCAUCGAGAGAUGAGCCAAUGACGUGCUGAACACUAGCUAUGUGCAUUUGACAGUGACUGACAAUCCCAGUCUCUCAGAGUGAGACAGAUGGGAGCACUGGGGAAGAAAGAGGGCCCAACUGAAGCUGAAACCCUGCAGGCCUCAACCCACAGACCAGGCCCUCAGACCCUCAGAACUCAAGCCCAGAUGGUUUGGGCUUAGUACUUUAAUGACAAGUGAUUUUCCAUCGCAAUACCAGGUUGAUUACCCUUGCACCACUUAAACUUAGUGCUUUAUUCAAUAAUGGUCAUGAAUGCAAUAUCACUUAUACUUACUUGUGGUUUAGAUUGUAGCCAAUGAUACUACCAGUAGCCAAUGAUAUUACCAGUGGAAUCUCUGAUAACUAAAUUAUGUUCCUCUCACCUAACUAGACAUGAAUUGCAAUUUUACAGAUUUUAUUAAAUUCAGUUGUAAGUAUGCAUCUUGAUCAUAGCAUGUAAUGGUCAGUCCACAAAAACCACAAUCACCCCUUUAGACAAUCUUCAAUAUUCAUUUAUUAUAGGCCUAUUUGUGUACAGUACCAGUAAAACAUUUGGACACACCUACUCAUUCAAGAGUAUUUUUGUAAAAAAAUAUUUGACUAUUUUCUACAUUGUAGAAUAAUAGUGAAGACAUCAACACUAUGAAAUAACACAUGGAAUCAUGUAGUAACCAAA